AUGAAUGCAGUGACCUAUGAUGAUGUGCAUGUCGACUUCACUUGGGAAGAGUGGACUUUAUUGGAUCCUUCCCAGAAGAAUCUCUACAAAGAUGUGAUGCUGGAAACCUACAGGAGCCUCACUAUUAUAGGAUACAGUUGGGAAGACCAUAAUACUGAAGAGCAUCUUCAAAGUUCUAGAGGAGACGAAAGAGGGGUACAGUAUCAGCAUGGCAAUAAGUGUCAGACAUGGCAGCUAAAGCAGGAAGCUAUGAACUCACAUCCUUAA